CGCAAAGAGUAUGUAAUCACUAGAUGACACGUCCACCCACCCUGUCAAACUUCCACAGUUUCACAGAAUUUGCAUGACAAUUUUUCAUGUUUUAACUAUUAAAAAUGCCGUUACGACUGGACAUCAAGAGGAAGCUGACGGCCAGGUCUGACCGCGUCAAGUGCGUGGACCAGCACCCGACCGAGCCGUGGCUGCUUUGCUCGAUCUACGGCGGCGACGUCAAUAUAUGGAACUAUGAGACGCACACGCAGAUCAAAAGAUUUGAGGUAUGCGAUCUGCCGGUUCGAGCUGCCAAGUUCGUCCCCAGGAAGAAUUGGGUGGUCACCGGCUCAGAUGACAUGCAGAUCCGUGUAUUCAACUACAAUACACUGGAGGGUGUCCACUCGUUCGAGGCCCACUCUGACUAUGUGCGAUGCAUUGUCAUUCACCCCACACAACCCUAUAUUUUAACUUGUAGUGAUGACCUGUUGAUCAAGCUUUGGAACUGGGACCGCAACUGGGCCUGCCAGCAGGUGUUCGAGGGACACACCCACUAUGUGAUGCAGAUCGUGAUCAAUCCUAAAGACAAUAACACAUUUGCUAGUGCCAGUCUCGACACUACUGUCAAGGUGUGGCAGCUGGGCUCAUCGAUUUCUAACUUCACGCUGGAAGGCCACGAAAAAGGCGUGAACUGCGUAGACUACUACCAUGGUGGCGACAAGCCCUACCUUAUCAGCGGUGCUGAUGACCGCCUCGUCAAAAUAUGGGACUACCAGAACAAGACCUGCGUGCAGACACUAGAAGGGCACACGCAGAAUGUAUCGGCAGUGUGCUUCCACCCGGAGCUUCCUAUCCUGCUGACUGGCUCUGAAGAUGGCUCGGUGCGCAUCUGGCACGCCGGCACCUACCGCCUCGAGUCCUCCCUGAACUACGGCUUUGAACGCGUCUGGACCAUCUCCUCCAUGCACGGCUCCAACAACGUUGCUAUCGGUUACGAUGAAGGCACGAUAAUGAUCAAGGUGGGCAGAGAGGAGCCAGCGAUAUCGAUGGACGUGAACGGAGGCAAAAUCAUUUGGGCCAAGCACUCGGAGAUGCAGCAAGUCAACCUGAAAGCUCUGCCUGAAGGGACAGAAAUCAAAGAUGGCGAGCGUGUUCCCGUGGUGGCCAAAGACAUGGGCUCUUGCGAAAUCUACCCGCAGACGAUUGCGCACAACCCAAAUGGCAGGUUUGUGGUGGUAUGCGGCGAUGGCGAGUACAUUAUCUACACGGCCAUGGCGCUGCGGAACAAGGCGUUUGGCGCAGCGCAAGAGUUCGCGUGGGCGCUGGACAGUUCAGAGUACGCCACGCUCGAAAACUCCAGCACCGUCAAACUCUUCAAGAACUUCAAGGAGCGCAAGAGUUUCAAGCCCGCCUAUGGAGCUGAAGGUAUCUUUGGCGGCUGCAUGCUGGGUGUCAAGUCCAUCAGUGGGAUGGCGUUCUCCUUCUACGACUGGGAGAACCUCGAGCUAAUCAGAAGGAUCGAGAUCCAACCGCGCCACGUCUUCUGGUCCGAGAGCGGCAACCUGGUGUGCCUGGCGAGCGAUGAAGCCUACUACGUGCUGAAGUAUAACGCGGACGUCGUAGCCCGUGCGCGCGAGACCAACGCCAGCGCCACUGAGGACGGCAUUGAAGACGCGUUUGAGGUGGUAGGAGAGGUGAACGAGACGGUGAAGACAGGGCUGUGGGUGGGCGACUGUUUCAUCUACACCAACUCGCUGAACCGUAUCAGCUACUACGUGGGCGGCGAGAUCGUCACCAUCUCCCACCUCGACCACACUAUGUACAUCCUUGGCUACGUCGCUAAGGAAAACAGGUUGUACCUGAAUGACAAGGAGCUGAACAUCGUGUCGUAUUCCCUGUUGCUGUCGGUGCUGGAAUACCAAACGGCGGUGAUGCGCGGCGACUUCGAGACGGCCGACCGCGUGCUGCCCACCGUGCCGCACGACCACCGCACGCGCGUCGCGCACUUCCUCGAGAAGCAGGGGUUCAAGCAGCAAGCGCUGGCGGUGUCGACGGAGCCAGAGCACCAGUUCGAGCUGGCGCUGGCGCUGGGCGAGCUGCAGCGCGCCAUGCAACUUGCGGAGGAGGCGGCUGCGGCGGAGGGCGCGGAGGGCGGCGUGUCGCGCUCGGGCGCCGCGCGCUGGUCUCGCCUGGGCGCCGCGGCUGCCGCCGCCGCCGACACCGCGCUCACCAAGACCUGCUACCAGCGCGCGCACGACUACAGCGCGCUGCUGCUCUUCGCCGUCACCACAGGGGACAAGGAGCUGCUGGGUGAGGUGGCGCGUAUGUCGGCACAGGAGGGCAGCGACAACAUCGCGUUCGUGGCGUACCUCACGCUCAACGACUUGGACGCGUGCCUGCAGCUGCUCAUUAGCAGAAACAAGCUGCCCGAGGCCGCUUUCUUUGCCAGAUCAUACAUUCCCUCCAAAAUGACGGAAGUAGUGAAGCUGUGGCGGGAGUCAGUCAGCGCCACCAACAAGAAGUCAGGCCAGUCGCUCGCUGACCCCCAACAAUACGAAAACCUGUUCCCAGAAUACGCAGAAUCAUUAGAGUUAGAGAAUUUCCAGAGGUCCGUCGGCCACGAAUACCAUUCCCGACUCGGCAAUCUUCCCCCCGACUGCAAAACGUGUAACAUCGAUCGCGACCUGGCGCGUGAGAUGGCCGAACUGAAGGGACAGGGGCUUAGCAUACCGCCGCUAGUUGCUGCCAAUGAUGCCAGUGCGAGCCCGAGUGGAAGCGCGUCGGAAGAGCCGAGUCGAACGGAGGCCGCGCCCGUCGCUGAGAAGAAGCGUAAAGACUCCAUCGACAGCAUGGAGGAGAUCGACCGCGAGAUCGAGGACAUGGUGCUAGACGGGGAGGAGCUGAACCUGUCGGACGACGGAUAUUUAUUAGAUUAAUAUCUAAGUAUAUCUAGUUCUUUUUUAUUUUAUAUUAAUAUUACGAGUAUGAAGUGUGUAUUUCCUAAUGAGCUACAUAGUUAUGUUAAGAUUAUACUAUAGUAUUAUACACAUUUUCUUUGAGAGUUUCAUUUAUCGUUUUGAUUUAACCACCGUUGUACGCGCUAUAUUUGAACAGAUCUGGCAUAUCUCCGUUGCCCAUAUAACCCUGAUAGCCUAGUAGUUAAGUCCGCCUCAUAUUUGGCAGUUCGAUCCAGGGCACGUACCUUUAACUUUCCGGAGUUAAGUGCGUACUAAGCAAAGAAACGUAUGGAAUAUUUCUAUGUUCUUGUCGUGCACUGGUUGCACAACAGUUGCAACCAAGUCGAAAAACAUAAUAUUCUAAUAUAAUAUGUAUUUUUCCGAUUCUAAUCUAACAUUCCAUUCCAUAGCCGUCCAAGCCCGGACGGCUUUCAGAGUGCCCGUUCACUAAAGCGGAGCAAAGCGGAAACGUGUAAAGAAAUCAGAAUACAUAGAGAUGACAGUAAAGUUUUUAUUAAAAAUGGGGCAGUUUUAUUUACUGUCCCAUUUUUAAUAAAAACUUUAUUAAAUUUAUGUUUUUUUUUUUAAAGUAAAAUAUCAUUUGUAUGCAGGCGGCCGAAGCGAAUAUUAAGACGUCAUCUAUUAUGGCAAUCUAAACACAAUAUCUUCGCUCCGCACCGCUUUAACUGCAAGAUAAGACAAAUGGUUAUAGGCGUUGGAUUGUGUUAAGGUAGUAUAAUAAUAUCGCUAAGUUUUUACUAGCGUUCUGGUUACACCCUGUACAAUGUCAUUGACUACAGAUAGUUAUUCGACUGAGUCGCUUCUUUAAUUUAUUUUCUGCUGGGUACACUUGAAGAUGGUGAAAUUUAUAUUUCUUUAAUAUAUACUUACUACUUACUUAUGUCAUAAUAAACUGGAAUUUGUAUGGUCGGGCAAAUAACGUGAUUUAUAACUUGAAAACUUAUCUUUAAACCUAAACCUUACUUAAAUAUCUGUUACAUAUAAACAUGAUAACUAUAACAAGAAUAUUUUGAAAAACAAAAGAUAUUUGUAUGAUUAAAAUUUUAUUAUUGAAAAUUUUAUUACUGUCCCUAAAAUAGGUGGAAACCUGUGUAUUAGGCGACAGUGCUCUCCUUUAAUAAUAAUUUUAAUCAUACAAAUAUCUUUUGUUUUUCAAAAUAUUCUUGUUUUAGAUAUCAUGUUUAUAUGUAACAAAAUUGUAACACAAUAUCUUUAAACCUAAACCUAAACUUUCUCUAGAUUGUGACCUUUGUAAUGCCUAUUCUAAGAAACAUCGCCCACAGCGACUUUUUGUAGCGAUACAGUCGCGCGUAUCUUGAACGCGAUUCUGAAUCGCGACAAUAGCUAUACAGAAUACACCAAGUGAGAAAAAACCCCUAAAGUGUAUAAACGAGAUAGUAUUAGCAAUAAGCAAUCGAAAAUUGUUAAUUUCAGAUUAUUAAAUUAUUUAUAAUGAAUUUUAAAGAUUUCACUUUUUUAUCUGUUAUACAAAUAUUCGAAACGCACGAAAUUUUAGACGACAUGAUGAUUCCGACUUGACCUCACAUGGAUGUAGUUGUAAUGCAUUUCACUAAGAAAAUGCCGUUGUUUAACUAACGGUUGUUUUUAGCUACUGUAUCGCGACUUUUUUGCGGCUGUAUCGCUUCAAAAAGUCGUGGUGGUCGAUCUCCCUUAUAUUUGAUGUGAAUGACGGUGGUUUUGAUUUGAAAUUGACUUGUAAAAUGUUCAUAUCACCAUUUCUUGUAAUAAACUUUACUUAUGGUUUACACAUUAUUUUGUUUGGUUUACUAUUAGGUAUUAGUAAAAACAUUAUAUAAAAAUGUAAAAUAUAAAUACUAAAAUAUACUUAAUAUAAAUAAGAAAUUAAUAAAAGGAGACUCUGUACAAAACGUAAUAGUAACUGUACUUUAAUGUUCUUUGAAUAAGUGCAAUUGUUCGUGCUGACAAUGAUUGGUGAAUAAUUAAAAGUAACAGCAUAACAUUGUUCGUUCCAGAUGUGAGUUAUUAUUGUUACACUUUUGAUAUAUUCUUGCGAUUCUUUUCAAGUACCUAUAUCAAUAAAUAUUUGAAUAAAUG